AUGCGGCACAAGUCCUCUGAGGAAAUGUACAGUGAUGUUUUGAAACACAGGGAGGGCCAAGCUGGAGAUGUCAUUGCACACACAGAGGUGGUCCACGCUUUGCCAGGUACCGACGUGACCCUGCUGUGCACCUUCCCCAAACCACAGUCCACCUACAUAGUACAGGCACAGUGGUCCAAGACCGAUGACAACCGUCUGUCCAGAAUAGCUGUUCAUCACCCCAUUUUGGGCACCCAUUACUUCGAAUUUCUUGAGACUUGUUCCAACUUUUCCGUGUCGUUCAGCACCAGGAAGUGCUGCAACUGGGACAUUAAUGAGACCUUGUGUUUUCCUAACUUAAACUCCUCAUCUGAAUGCCAGCAGUGGGCUCUGCACUUGAGAAAUGUUACCAUCUCCCUCAGCGGGCAGUAUGAGUGCAGUUUUGCUACUUACCCAUAUGGGACAAAGGCUGCAAAAAUUCAACUUAUCAUCGAGGCAGAAGAGGAGCAGCAUUACGUGAAGGAAGUGCAGUUAAGCCAGACUUUAGAAAUUCCAUGCCUUGAGAACACAACCUCAGCAAACUUGUCCAAUUACCCUCUGAAGUGGGUAGUGGAGGAAAAUGGAAAGAAAGAGGAACUUAUAACCAAGGAGCCCUCCCGUCCUGAGGUGUAUGGGAAUGGCAGCGUGCUGUACGGACGGAGAGUCCACCUGGGUCUGAAUAAUGCUCUAAAGAUUUUUCCCACCAAAAUCACUGAUGAUGGCAAGGUGUUUUCUUGCCACGUGGUCUACCACCCAGAGAGGAUCCGGAAGAGCAGCACCACCGUGAGAGUGUUCGCCUACCCUGAAAUCUCUGCUAGCCUGCAGGAAGGCCCAGCUGGCACCUCACAGAAGCCUAAUGUGAGCUGCAUUGUGAGGAACGCAUUUCCCAAGCCAAGCAUCGUGUGGUAUGUGGACCAAGCAACACUGAUGGAGCAGUCUGAAGACAAUACAUCUAAUGAAGCCUCAUCCCAAGCAUUUACCAACAUGGCUUCAGAAGGAGAGCUGAUUUCUGCCCCAGAGACAAAAAGCUAUACCAGCAUCACAGCAUUCAGAGAGAAUGUGACAACAGCAUAUUUGAAUGAUUCUACCACUGAAUCCCCAAAGAGCCUCAAGAAUGCAACGCGCUCAUCUGAGGAUACAACCCCUGUGCAUAGUGACGUGUCCUUCAGCAUAACAGACCAGCCUGUUUCGGCUACCAGAUGGAAAGGUUUCUUUACCACCAUCCCACUGGUCAAGAGUACUGGCAAUGUGAAGAAUACAGUAGCCAGUCGCUUCCCCUGGCCAACCGUGGUAGCGGUCAUGCUCCUCUUCUGCAGCUUUCUGAUAGUGUUAGGCAUCAGGAAAUGGUGUCAGUACCAAAAAGAGAUUAUGAACAGACCUCCAUCUUUCAAGCCACCGCCACCUCCCAUAAAGUACACGUCCAUGGUAGAGUCUGAUGGGACUCCCCCAUCCUACCACGAACUGGAAAACCUGUAA